AUGGACUCCAAAUCACCUCUGAGAGACGAAGGCUCUCUACGACUCAUCAGCAUUCAGCAAGCAGCUCACUUCCGGAAGCGGAUAGCUGGUGCUGCAGAGAGUGCCUCUCAGUCCGACCUAGAAGACGACUUGCCGGAGCCCAGAUUGGAAGAGCUGGGAGAUGACGAUGAUAUGCAAGCUUCUAUGUACGAGUCGAUGGAGGAGGAAAUGGAGGAAACGCUGCCAGAGACGGACGAGAAUGUUGUGCAAGACAACGACAACGGUACACAAGAUCAAGCUCCCCGAGAAGGCACUACCGACAGUGCCAUGACUGUGAGUAUCUGGACACGUAGACGCCGGAAAGAGAUCAAGAGUCUGUUGGGAUGGGAGAUACGGGUCUUCCAGCGUUGUAAAGACAUUCGCGGCACGGUAGUCGCGGGAUGGUAUCGCCUUGCUUCUCCCAAUGGCUACCCUCGCUCAAGUGCACACAAGCUCAUGUUGCAGCCUCAGCAGGUGUUGUCGCGUCGGGGUGACGGCGAAGCCGUGAAUAGGACCAACAUAGAGGCUCGGACAGGCAGCGAGACCGGUGCCCUUCUGAAAAGUCUCGACGCGGUCUGCUAA